CUUUUCCAUUGUCCAUUAAUAAUUUCAUAUACUUCUUGCUUUCGCCCUGGUUAGCAAGCAAAAACAAGAGCCCAGGCCUGCUAUUUCUUUUUUCCAUCCUGAAUUUAAGGUCUAUCUCCACGUCUUGAUGGAUUGGGACCGCAAUAGAAGGUUUGAUGAUCACCGAGGCGGGGAAAGCUAUCGCCCAGCAAAUAGAGGUUAUAUACGACGCAGUAGAUCUCCGCGCAAUCGAUCUCCUCGCCGACUUGCUGAUACCUGGGUGCCAUCUUCAAACCGAACCUACAAUCGAUUGCGAAGUCGCUCGCCACCAAGUUUUAGGCGCCGUUCAUCUCGAAGCCCUCCCUACUAUGGCAGGGAUGUUGGUCUUCCGUCUUACAAUAAAACGUGCUCCUCUCCGCGAAGAUUUUCUCCUAGACGGGAGCGAGCACCGGUGCACACCUCAUGGCGCCCGCGGUCGCCAUACACCGACGGCCGCUCGCGAGACUUUUCUCGGGGUCGUACAGCGUUUAGUCGGUCCCGAGAGAUGACGCCCACUAGCCAAGAUGCGAGAACUGACAAAAGAGAUCGUUCCUUAAUACCUUCCUCUGAGCAAUUUCCAAGGUCUAAUUCACGCCCGAGGCGCGGCUCACUACGUGAAAAUUUACCUCGUGCACCAGUGUCUUUUCGCUCCCGGAGCCCUCUCCACGAGCGCCGUGAUCGCUACUUAGAAGACAAUCGUUUUCAAAAACGGCGCUCCUUAUCGCCACGUAGUACAUUUUCAAAGCACACUUCAGCUCCAGGAUCCGGUUCAAACUCCAGACGCUCAUCGCCAUUUACAGACAGACCCCCCGCGUCGGAUCCCAGAGGACGGUCGCCGGCUGCUCAUUCUACAAGUCGUCAGCAGCUAACUAGGAAUUUGCGCAAUUCACCCACUCGUCAAGAUACCACCCCUUCCUUGGGAAAAGAUGAGUCACGAGACGGAACUCCUAUUCCUCGUCAGGAUCCUGCCAUGUCAACCAAUCGCGGAUCAGACCUUGAUAAGACCGAUCGAAGCGAUUCUUCCGAUCUAUACGGCAAAAACCCUAGUCAAACCAAUGCCACGCGGUUCCACAGCCACGCGAAGACACCACAUAGUGCGUUGCAGAGCCAAUCGCCUCCAUCUGGGCCAUCCCAUGGUGCCAAAACAUCGUCUUCGCAAAACCGAGGAUCGAGCAUUUCCUUGUUAUCAGCGCCGACACGCCCCCGAGGGGGGGCAAGUUUCAAGGAACUGAAUACAUUUGCGGGACCUACGGUGCGGCGCGGGCCUUUGACUCCCCAUGCUAACAUGCCCCCCUCCGGUCCACGUACAAAUCACGUACCAACAGGACCAAGUGCUGAAAUUCAUCGCCCUCAUGCCUACCGGCAAAACAGCCUUACAGCGCCGUCGUACCCGCGUACCCCCAAGUAUACCAGUCAUCUUGCGGGUCUUUGCUCCAUCAUCCCCGGGGGGAGGCUUCUUCCAUCUGCUUUAGAGCCUACAAUGGAGAAGCGCCUAUCACAAUUAGAUGUAGACAAAAUGCGACUCUUUGAGCAGAUCACAGAAAGCCAAAGGCUCAAGCGGACGGGUGUCAGAGAUUGGGAUAAAUUGGAUAGGGAAAGCUCUAUCUGUGCUCUGAAGAGCGAACUGGCGGAAGGGCACUUGCAGUGCAUAACAGACAGCGAAAGUAUGCAUGGUGCCGCGAUAUUUUAGGGAAUUAUUCAGGCGUGGGGUUGAUGGGUUGGCGAAUGACGCGAUGGUUUCAAUUAGUUGAGCAGAAUGAAAUUGGUGACUUGGCUAGUGCGCCGUU